CGCAGAAAACCCUAAAAAACAUUCUAGUCGCAUCGUCUUCAUCUCAGCAGUCUCGGAGGCUAAAUAGCUCUACCGCUUUUCCAGGCUUCUCUGUUAACUUCGCGAAAAUGACUCUUCCAAAUGAUGUCGACUUGUUGAACCCUCCUGCCGAGCUGGAGAAGAGGAAGCACAAACUCAAGCGUCUUGUUCAGUCUCCUAACUCUUUCUUUAUGGAUGUUAAGUGCCAGGGUUGCUUUAACAUAACAACUGUGUUCAGUCACUCGCAAACUGUGGUGGUGUGCGGGAACUGCCAGACUGUGUUGUGCCAGCCGACUGGUGGCCGUGCUAGACUCACCGAGGGUUGUUCUUUCAGGAGAAAGGGAGACUAAAGAUGAGAGAGAGAGAGACUACUUGCUUUGCUUUUAGAGUGGAAAUGAAAAGGUUUUGUAUGGGAAACAAAAAGUCAGUUUUGAUGCAAUCCUGUUUGUUUAAUGGUCUUUUUUUAAUUUUUUAAUCUGUAGUCUUGAUCAAGAAAGAACAUGGGUUUUGAAUCUGCAAUGACUUGAUGUUUGUUUUUUAGUAAGUUGGAUUUUCCGUAAAGAUAUCCAUCGAAUUUUUGCUUAUAUUA